AUGGAUUCCGGAGUCGACUUGGAAGCUUUUGAAGAGCUGACGAGACUUACCGCAGACCUUGCGGUAGACAACUCAGAAGAUGAAUUUGAGGAUGAAGACAUCGAAGAGACUCUUUUGUUGGAAGAACUUCCCUCUAAAAAAUUUUUGGAGCAAUCAGUGAUAAAACAGCGCGAAGAUAACAUCUGUCCAUUUGACAUUCUUCCAGAGGAAAUCAUUCUCAGAAUAUUUUCAUUCUUUACCCUUGGUGAAUUGUGUAGACAUGUGGCCCCAAUUUGCAAAAUGUGGCUACAUUAUUCCAGGUGUCCACUUUUACGACAGAAACUUUCAUUCUGGGAAAGUAGCCGAGAAAGAUCUCUUGAAGAGAUCAACGACAUUAUCCAAUCGAAUUUUACUCUUCUCAGAGACCUCUGCCUUCAGCCGAGGAUGGAAUUGACGUUACACGGCUGUAGAUUGUUGGCACAAUCAUGCCCUCAUCUGCAGACACUUUCUUUGUCUUUUUGUAGUCAAGUCAACAAACCGAUUAUCGAUCAAUUUGUCACGUUUUGCCCAAAGUUACGUGACCUUAACCUAGCAGGAUGUGGCGUGACUGAUCAGUGUUUGGAUGGCCUGAACAAGGUACCCUUGAGGAAAUUCAACGCCUCUCAUUGCACUAAGCUUACAGACGAUGGACUUAAGUUUCUUUCAACAGAGUGCCAUCAACUUUGUCACCUAAAUUUUGAUGGAAUUCAGUGGAUCACUCAUGAUGCAAUUACAGUGCUGGUGGAAAAUUGCUAUAGACGUCUUGAGUAUCUCUGGCUUGAUGGCGAAAACAUGACUGAUUGUACUGUUCAACUAAUUGGGAAAUGCUACCAUUUGAAGUAAGAGGACAUUUUGAAUAUGUGAUUGGAACAAGUUGACUGUGCUCUUAAUUUAGGUAAUAAAGUCCUUGUCUCAGCAUCCAAACAGACCGGAUAUGAAUGGAAGUCGUAAUACUUGUCAUCCUCACAAGCUUGGUGAUCAACUGUUAUUAUGAUUCAAUUUGUUUCAACUAUUUGAUUAUCUCAGAUAUUUUCCCUAGGUUAACUUAACAAUGGCUUCACAAUGACAUUGAAGCAUUGGUUACUUUCACUACUUUUACCCUGUCAAGUGAUUGAUGCUAAACUCAAUUUAACUCCUAGAAGUUAUUGACAUGAAACUUCUCCCUGUAAUAUUCAUACAUUAUUCAGCAAACAGGAAAUGAGAAUAUUCAAACUUAUCAGGUAGAAGCUGCCAUCCUUAUUUAGCACCAAGCUUUCAUAACUAAUUCACAAGGAAAUGUGUGGCAGUCAGAGAGGAAAAUUAACAAUAAGAUCUUGGGAAUUUAAGGGUUAAAAGAAGAUUCAUAUGAAGUUUUGUGGGAGAAUCAGGGGCCUGACACAGUGAAUGCAUGGGACUCUUGAUAUUAGACCUGACCAGGUCAUGUUGUUGUUCCUGGUCAUGGAACUUUCCACUCACUGUGACUCUCUUUACUCAGGAAUACAAACAGGUAGCAGUAAUCUCUCCUCUCUCCCAAGAACCUGACGAAAUGCUGGGGUCAUCUGCAAUGGUCUAGCCAUUCAUAUGAAAGGAGGGGGGGGAGGUUGGUAAUAUUCUUCAUCACCUUAUGCUAUGGAGACCAAGUAAAGCUGCAAUGUGUAGUGAGCUACCUGCCUCAAGUGCAGACUGGAUACUAAGUUUUUAAGCUCAAUGACAUUGACUGUUUUUGAUGAAUUUUCAGAUGUUUGGGUCUGUCGUUUUGUACCUCACUAACUGACCAAUCGCUGGAAUGUGUGCAGAACAUGAAAAAUCUUGCAUCACUAACGUUGAAAAAAGGUACAGAGUUUUCUGCCAAAGCUUUAAAAGAACUUUUUGAACAUCUUCAUCCACAAAAUUCAGGUAGUGCUACUGGCUUAUUCCAUGUCAAUGUCGCAGAGUGUACAAACCUUAAUGAUGAAGCUGUAAGCUCGCUUGCUGAAAGGUAAUGUAGAGUAGAUUGUCAUGGUGAUUAUAAUUGUUAAAUUUUGAAAAAUUUUAGCUGUGACUUUAAAUACAUGUAAACUAUAUUUUACACUUAAGAUUAUUACUCUUUCAAAACAUGAAGUACAACAAACUAAUUUUUUUAAUAAAAGCCCUUGAAGCUUUAAAGUUUUUUUUUCAGUUAUUAGCAUUAAUUUCUGUGGUAACUUGCUUUGAAUAGUGAUGUUGUUCAAUCUCAAUUCUGACACUUCCAUCUGAUAUUAACAAGUCUGUUUGAAACUGGACAGGUGCAUCUGAUUUUGGAUGUUUUUCAUUUGAUCUUUAAAAGGAUAGCUUUGUUAAAUUAUUAAACUUAUCAAAGGUCAUAAUUUUCUUUUAAUAUUUGGGCAGCCUAAUCAUGUCCUUUUAUAUUUUUCAAACAGCUGCAGAAAUCUGCGAAGCAUUGAUAUUUCCUGGUGUUGGGAAGUUACUGAUGUUGGCCUUGCACAUGUGAUCAACAAAUGUCACCAAAUGAUUGAUAUGAACAUCUGUGGCGCUAAAGACUUUCGUGGAAAUCCAUUAAAGAAAAUACCACAGCAAAUGCCUAGAUUAAGACGACUUGAUGCAUCACAAUGCAAUCUGGUGCCAGAUGAAUUAUUGGAUGAACUUGUGUCAAUAAUGCCACAAAUGACUGUUAUUAAUUAUUAUGGCGAGGAAGUUCUUCCACCGAAAUAUAUUAGUGAGACCCAUAUAGUUAAGGUUGGGACAUGGUUUAAAUGACAGCAAUAUUAUGAGUAACCUCAGUUGAUUAUCAGGUUUCUAAGCUCUCAAAAUACAACUUGGGAACAGGC